AUGGACCGAGCUCAUCUGCCGCCCCUGAUCUUUGUCGCCCAUAAUCGCGUCCGUUCCAUCUUCUUCCUGGGAACGCCCCAUCAGGGCGCGGCCAUUGCGCAGGUUCUCGCCCGGUAUACGGCCAUGAUCGGAACUCGCCCCUUUGUCGAGGACCUGUUCCCCCAAUCGGACGUGAUCCGAGCCCUGGGCGAGGACUUCCCGGAAGAGAGCAAAGACCUCCAGUUGUUCUCCUUUUACGAGUCGCGGCCGAUGACCGUCGGGCUACGCAAGAUGCUCAUCGUCGACAAGGCGAGCGCCGUCAUGAACCUCCCCAACGAGCGCCAGACCUUUCUCGACGCAAAUCAUCGCAACGUGGCCAUGUACGCGACCCGAGCGGACCCCUCUUAUGUGGCCGUUCGGAAUGCUCUCGCGAGGGUAAUCGCAUCCUGCCGCAUGCAAGCCGAGAGCGCGGUCCCGUCGCAGGAGGACCGGCGUGCUCUCGCCCGCUUUCUGGGCGUCCCUGCUGACCCUGAAGAUGACCUGCGGAAUCACGCAUCGGCAAAGCUUCCCGGUUCCUGCGAAUGGCUGGGCAAGAAGAGCUGCUACCAGACAUGGGUAGCGUCACGGGAACCCGCUUUUCUUUGGCUUCAGGGUCGUCCAGGUGUGGGCAAGAGUGUCUUGUCUAGCCAUGUUGUCGGUGACCUGCGCAACAACGGGCUCGAUCCUUGCUUCUUCUUCUUCCAAGCGCGGGAUAGCGCCAAGUCCGCGGUGGACAGCUGCCUGCGGUCCCUGGCGUGGCAGAUGGCAGUGCUGCAUCCUGCUGUUUUCCACAAGCUGAAGGCCGUCAUGUCGGAGCUGGAUGACGGUCUUGACGGGGAGAAAGUUGGGUCGCAUUCCCUGUGGCAGAAAGUAUUCGUCUCGGGGAUCCUGACAGUCGAGUUGGAAAGACCCCAGUUCUGGGUGAUUGACGCCAUGGAUGAAUGCAGAAGCGCGGCCGACAUGACCGCUUUCCUAGCCGGAAUCCAAGAGCACUGGCCUCUGUCAGUUCUGGUCACGUCCAGGGACGCUGCGGAGAACUACCGCCCAAGCGUCAGCUACCGAGUCAGCAUUUCAAGCUACACCAUAUCGGAGCAAGACAGCCUUGCGGACAUCUCCCUCCUGCUCGCGGAGAACCUCGCAUGCCUUCCAUGUCCUGCGUCGGACAGAUGGCCCACCGCCGAGGCGCUCGCAUCCCACAUACUCGCGAGGUCGGCGGGCUGCUUUCUGUGGGCGUCACUCAUAUGUUCCGAGCUUCGCAAGGUGACAAGCGAGGGGGCCAUCACGAGGGUCCUGAACAGCACCCCGGCCGACAUGGACGCGGUGUAUGCCGACAUUCUCACAAAGAUAGAGAUGAACGGUUUGGAAAGUGAAUCCACAAGGGCCGUCCUCACCUGGGCCGUCUAUGCCUUUAGGCCCCUCGGCUUGGCAGAGAUGCAGACCGCCGCCGAGCUCGACGCCGAUGAUAAGAUCGGCGACAUCCGGCGCCUGAUAUCGAAAAAUUGCGGAAACCUCAUGUAUGUAGACGAGCACGACAGAAUCCAGUUCGUGCACUUGACCGCUCGAGAGUUCCUAACUCGCGGCGGGCUCGAGUCUUGUCUGAUCCCCUCAAAGGCGGACGCGCAUCGCCGAUUGGCUUCAGCUUGCCUCAAGCACCUGGCAUCGGUCACACAGAAAGCGAAGGGCAGAGCAAGAAAGGCACAGGGGAACCCGAGCGCUGCCCCCUUUACCACCUACGCGUCCAAGUUCCUCUUCCAGCAUCUCGAUCAUGUCGAUCCCAACGACGACGGGCUGUUCCUCAUGCUCUUAAACUUCUUGGGCAGCAACAGUCUUCUUAGUUGGGUUGAGCUCGCGGCCGCCAACGGGGACCUCCGGACGGUGUACGAGGCCGGCAGGACGAUUAAGGACAUGCUCAACGGCAGGACGCGCGACGCAGCGCCGCCGCGACCUAACCGAUCCGCACUGACUCAAGAGAAGAUCGAACUCCUCGGGAGAUGGGGCGACGACUUGGCACGUCUGAUCCCCCAGUUUGCCGAGCGCCUCGGACGCUCCCCCAAGACGAUCCGACACCACAUCGCCCCAUUCUGCCCGCCCAACUCCGUCAUCCGGCAGGUGUUUGGCGGGCCCACGCGAGGCCUCACCGUGGGAGGCCUGUCGACGCGCAGCUGGGACGACUGCCUGGCCACGAUCCGCUACCCGCAGGACCGCAGCCCGUUCGUGGUGGCCGCGGCUCCGGGCUACGUCGCGGUCGGCAUCGCGUGCUGGGACGGGCGGGUGGUGGUCCACGACGACGCAAUCUUCCAGGAGUUGCACACCAUCCGCCAUGGCGAGAGGGUCUCGUGUGUCGCCUUCGCCACGAGCGGCAGAUACCUCGCCUCGGCGGGCUCCAAGACGGUCCGCAUUUGGUCCCCCGCCAACGGGCUGGAGCUGGCCUGCUUCGGGCUUCCCGAGGGCGCGUGGUGUCGAGGCCUGUCCUUUGCAGAGGGUGACACCGUAUUGCGCGCGGCGACCGUGCGGAACGAGCUGAUCGAGUGGGAUCUCGAGUCCCGCGCCCCGGUUCACGACGAGCCCGUGUCGUGGGGAGCCGAUGUGCCGGAGAGGAUGCGAGGGCGAGCACCGGAGCACGUGUGGCUCAGCCCAGGGUCGAGCCUCCUCGCGGUGGUGUACCACGGCCACGACCUCGUCUUCUGGGACUGUGCUGAGCUGAGGCUCCACGACGUAUACGAGCAGAAGACGGGGUCCAUGCUGAGGUUCGGCGAUCGUCUCCAGGCCCGGGGCUGGACGACCGUGCGCGCUGCCGUCUUCAACCACGAUAUCGAGACAGAUCUGUUCGCCGCCACGUUCGAUGACGGCGACAUGGUCGUGUUCGAUCUCGACGCGGGCAGGCCCAUUGCCGUCAACAAGGAGGGAGCAUACAACCUGGUGUUGGCAUGUUCCCACGACGGCCGGACGCUCGCCGCCGUGGAUCAGCUCGGGAACAUGACCCUGUUUGAGUUCAGAACACUCCGCAUCCUAUACCGUGUCCGACUCGAGACCAGCACCCUGCCUCACGGACUGGCCUUCACCGGCGACAACCGCCGCGUCGUCGAGCUCCGCGAAGGCCAAUGCCGCGUCUGGGAGCCCCCCGUGCUCCGUCCGGGCAACGAUCACGACCCGCGCACCCCGAUCACGGAGCUGAAGCCCAUGACCCCUAGAGAGAUGUAUCGAGAGGAACAGGCCAGGAAGGCGCAGGAGAUCACCGCCAUCACCUGCAGCCGGGAGUUCCCCGUUGUUUUCUAUGCCACGGGCAACGGGUCGGUCUUCGGGUACGACAUCUCCGGCCCGGAGCCAGAGAAGCAGCUCCUGUUCGUCCAGGAUACUUCCGCACCAACCCGAGGCUGUGUGGGAGGUAGGCCCUCCUUUGAUCGACGUACGGAGGCAGGAGCCCGGCCUCGGAACAUUGAGGCAGGUCCUCGUGUCUUCGAGACACCAGAGACUGCUCAUCUGACCCAGCUUCGAGUGAUCCGCCUCUCUCCAGAGCUGGGGCUCUCUCUCAGCGGAUUCGGCCCUCUGUCCCACCCCCACUACUUUGCGACGUACGCAAAAGAGUCUUCUGAUAGCGUCGCGGUCGACGACGAGACCAUCGCGAUACUCAUUUGGGAUUUUCAGGACUUGGAAGAUCCCGCUUCACAGCAUGCCGGGCCCCGAUGGGAGAUCCGCACGUCCAUGCUGCCCGCCCAGGUGGUGCAUCUUAUUGGAGUGUAUGGCACUCGUCUUGUUUUCCACGCCGCCGACCAUUGGGUUGCCUCAUUUGAGCUGCUGCCACCCGGCUCGUCUAGCGGCGCCAUCGUCGACGAGGAGUCCUUUGUCCGGCAUUUCUUCCUCCCCAACCACUGGAUUGGCUCCCUGAGGACAGAGGAUAUGCGCUUCGGGAUCGGUAGCGAAGGGGACAUCAUCUUUGACCGCCUGGGCGAGCUGGCCGUGAUCAAGAGGGGCCUAGAGCUCACCGAGGAUGGGGAGGCGUUCCAGCCGCGGCAGUUGAGCGCCAAGGGUAGAGCCAAAUUUUCAGAGAGGAUACCGUAUCGGCCGCCGGGGAUCCAGAUGCAACGCUGGCUUUAA